AUGACCCCAGCUCUCUUUCGUCGCCAACAGAGGAUCGUUUCCUUUACCGGGGCGCUCUACCCUCAUCCGGUUGGUGAGAAUCGUCACCGCCAUCAACAUAUUUUUGCCGUGAAGCCAAUUCUGCCAAUCUGUACUCUGGAUCCUUAUGCUUUCGCUUUUGUCGACACUGUGGAUCCUAUCACCCUCAUUGACAGCCUAGGAUGGCUUCCUAUGGGUGAUUGA